UAGCAGCUCCUAUUGGUAGCAACAUGAAGCCUGGAGGGGUGUGAAGGGGCAGGGGAUCAUUAAUUUUAUUUUUUAAUUAAAUAUAUUAAUUAUUAUUAUGCUAUUAUAUUAAUAAAAUAAUUAAAUAAUUUCAUUGUCAAUUAAUUUUUUCAUUAUGAAAUUUUUCAUUAUUGUUUUAUCAAUUUUCGUGGUUAAAAAUUAAUAAUUUUUAUUUUAUGAAUUUGCACAUAAACUGACGCCAUUUUAUGGAUUUUCUGAAAAAUAUCAACCAACAAGGCAAACGCGAGUGAUAAAAGUAAGACGCUGUCAAAUAUUUAAGUUAAAAAAAACAAUUAAAUACAUAAUUUUUCGUAUUAAAAUUGUGAAAAAAAAAGAUAAUUUGUGAUUAAUAGUUCAGUGAAAAAGGUUUUGAUGAUAUAAAAAAUAUAUAUUAGCCAUGAAUUUAAGAUAGUCUUGUAGAAAGUCAUACGAAAUUGAUGAAAAUUAAUAUCACAAACAGGCGCCAUUGUAUUAUACGCCAUCUGGUCAAAGCUCGAGACAAAAUUCACUUCCUCGAGGGAUAAUUUUGUGAGGUUGUAGCUCGAGAUAUUUUUGUGUUUUUUUUUUUUUUUUUUUUUCUUCAACCUUUUAAAUAUAUUUUAUCUUCAUUGUUUACUAAUAUUAAAUGUGUAAUGCUUGAAGGUGAAUAAAUGAAUCGUAAAAUAUCACCUGGUGAUUUAAUAGACAACAUAAAAAAAAAAAAUUCAAGUGAAAAAUUUUCAUCAAUAAAUAAAACAAUGGCUUGUUCACAAAUAAAAACCGUUAAUGAUACUAAAAAAAUGUUAUCAAAAGUUAAAGUUGUUGGUCCAGCAGCAUCAUCACUAAAAAAUUUAUCAAAAAUUCACAACACAACAGAUAAAAAAAGUGAAGAGUUGAAUAAAUAUUGUCGUACAUGUGCUGGUUUAAAAUUACCACUUAUUGAUAUAUUUAGUGAAAAAGGUAUGCAAAUGCGUCUUGAUCAACAAAUGAAACAUUUAGAAAAUAUUAAUAUUGAUGAUAGUUUAACAACAAAAAUGUGUAUGGAUUGUAUUUGUGAUUUAAAAAUGAGUUAUAAAUUUUUUUUACAAAUUAAAAAAGCUGAAAUUAAAUUGAUAUCAAUAAGCAAUGAUUUAACUGAUAAAAUUGAUGAUGAAAAAAAUCGUAAAAAUAAUUUAUCAACACAAAAAAAAGUUGAUAAUAUUAUUUUUACUGAUAGUAUUGAUGAUGAAAUUGAUGAUAUUGACGACAUAGAUAAUAUUAAUGAUGUUUAUGAUGACAAAAUGUCUUCAACAACAAAAAAAUAUGAAAAAAUUGAUGAUAAAAAUAAAGAUACUUCAAAUGCUAUGGAUAUUCAAGAAGAUGAUUUACCAGUAUUUUCACAUAAAAAUUUAGUACCUCGUGAUGAUGUUGAAUCAAUUGAAGAAUUUGAUCCAGAUGAUAAUACAAUUGAUUCAAAAGAAAACAACAAACAAGUAACACAAAAAAAUGCUAAAAUAAUAAAUGAAAAAAUGGAUUUAUCAUCAUAUAAAAUUGCAGAUAGCUCAAUGCCAGAUAUAAAAUUAAUUCAAUCUAAAAAAACACAUGAUGAUAAUAGCUAUGAAAAUAUUGAAACAAUUGAAGACAUUGAAAAAUUUAUAAAUGAGAAUAAUGAUGAUGUUGUUUCAAAUAAACAAAAGCCUACAGAAAUAAAUAAUAAACCAUUAAUGAAAAAGUCAUCGAAAGAUAAUAAAGAUAAAACUGAAUCAACGAUAAAAAAAUUUUUUACUAAACCCAAAAGUGUUGAAGUAGUUGAAGAACCAACAGUAACAACAGUUGAUUCAUUAAAAUCAUUGGAAUACAAUAAAAUGCAACAUUUAAUGAAAAAAACAAAUAAAGUUGAUUCAACAAAUGAAGCUGGUGUUAUGUAUGUAACAGUUGCUGGCUCAAAACCCGAUGAAUUAUUACUAGUUAAAGUUAAAAAACUUGAUAAAACAACAUCUAAUAAUAAUGCAAGUUCAUCAACAAAUGACACAAAUACAAAUAAAAAAGAAGAGCCAAUUAAAUUACCAAAAGAACCAGCAAAACCAUUAACACCAAUUGAAAUUGAAAUUGAAAAUUAUAAAAAGAAACGAGAAAAAUUACUUGGUACUGAUGUUAUAUCAGCUUCUUGUUUAUUUGAUGAUAAUCCAUUACGUUUUGUGAAUGAUACAAUAAAUGAAACAUUAAAUAUUGGACCAAUAACAUUCAACGGUGUUAAACGUGAACCAGGUGAAAAAAUUGAAGUUCAUAGAUUAUCAUCAAUAAAUAAUACAAUACUUGAUAAAGAAGAUCUAACAAUACCAUUUGAAACAAUUGAAAAUGAUGGAUUAUUAAAGCCAGUAUCAUUUGAUAAAUUAUCACGUAUUAAACAAGAAUGGCUUGAUCCAAAAUACAUAAAUAUAACUAAAAAAAAAAAAGAAACACCAGAAUCAAUUGAAGCAAUGAAAGUCAAAAGACAUAAUGAUAGAUUAUUAAAAAUUCUUGGUGAUACAAAUAAAAAUAUUGCUAGUUUUUAUGAUCAUUUAAAACAACAUGAUAAACCAAUUGAUAAUAUGAAUGAUUCAGAAAUAAUAUCAUUGUAUGAAACACAUAUUAUAAAGUUGAGUAAAAAAAAAUUUCCUGAUUUAAUUGAUGAAAAUUGUAAGUAUGAUGAUUUUGGUAAAAAAAAUUUUUAUGAAUGUGAUUAUUGUACUGAGUUAUAUAUGGAUAUUGAUGAUCUUCGAGAACAUUUAACUGAACAUGAUGAAAUAAUGUAUUAUCAUUGUGAAGAUUGUGGUGAUGAUUUUCCAACAAGUAAAUUAAAACGUGCACACAAUGUUGUGUGUCUAAAAAGAUUGGUAUGUAAAUAUUGUAAUUACAUGCUUGAUUCAAUUGGUAAAAAACGUCAACAUGAACAACGUCAUUGUGAUAGAUUAUGGGGACAGCUAUGUGAUGUUUGUGGUGAAAAAUUUAAACAUCAUGGUACACUUGAUCAGCAUUAUAAAACUCAACAUAUGUUUUGGGAAAAAAAACAUCAAUGUCCAAAAUGUCCAAAGAAAUUUACCUUCAAGGCAAAAUUAAGUUUUCAUCUUAAAAGUGUACAUACAACAGUACGUGCAUAUUUAUGUGAAGAUUGUGGUGCUGAUUUUAAAAAUCCAGCAUCAUUACGUCAUCACAGAAUACGUAAACAUAAUCCAACAACAAAUAAAAAAGAAUGUCCAGUUUGUCACAAGGUGGUACCAUAUUAUUCAUUAUCAAAACAUAUGUAUACACAUAAAGAAUAUACAAUAAAAUGUCCACGUUGUGAUAAAAUGUUUAAAAAUUCAUCAACAUUAAGACAACAUUUACGUAUACAUGAAGAUCAACGACAAUAUCGUUGUGAUACAUGUGAUGUUGGUUUUAAUAGACGUGAUGGUUUACGUUUACAUAUGAAGGUACAUGAGAAAGGUGAUAGUCGUUCAUUCAAAGAAUGCUCAUGUCAAAUAUGCUUAAAAACAUUUAAAAAUCAUUCAUUACUUGUAUUACACAGAAAUCGUGUCCAUAAAGAUGCAAAACAAUAUACAUGUAAAAUAUGUAAUCGUUCAAUGCAAGCACAAAGAUCAUUAAAUUGGCAUAUGUCACAUAUACAUAAUCAAUUGAUACUUAAUGUUGAUCAAAAUGGUGAAAAUAAUACUGAUAGUUUAAAUGAUGAACGUGUUGUUUGUCAACAUUGUAAUAAAACAUUUAAAACUGAAAUGAUAUUACGUACACAUAUUAAAAAUACACAUGUUGAAAAAUCUCCAGUUAAAUGUCGAGAUUGUGAUGAAACAUUUACAUCAGAAGUUAGAUUAAGACAUCAUGCUAUGAAUGUACAUGAACGUUUGGAUGGUACAUUAAAAUGUCCAAGUUGUGAUAAAAGAUUUGUAAAUCAGCUGCGUCUUAAAACACAUAUGAUAUCACAUUCAGAAGAUCGUCCAUUUAAAUGUGAUAUAUGUGGUUUUGAUUUAAAAACUAAAAUACAAUUAUUAAAACAUCAUCAAAAUAAACACAGUGAUGCUAGACCAUUAAAAUGUAGUUAUUGUGAUUGGCGUUGUAAACAAGUUAGUGCAUUAGUUUGUCAUGAAAGAACACAUACUGAUGAACGUCCAUAUGCAUGUGGUGUAUGUAAACAACGUUUUAAAUAUCUUGGUGAUAGAAAUAAACAUGAAAAAAGACAUGAAAUACGUGGUGGUAGUGGAUUUAAACGUCUUGUAGCAGCAAGAAAUAGUGAAAAAUCAUCAUCAUCAACAUUAUCAAAAGUUGAAAUUGUCAAUGGAACAUCAAAUUCUGAUGAUCAACCAAUGGAAUUUGAAAUUGUACAAGCUGAUGAUGAGCAUUCAGAACAACAAUUUAUUGAAGGUGAAUUGAUUGAGCAAAGCUAUGAUGAACAAAUGCUUUAUGAUGAAAAUGGAUGUAUUAUUAAAAGUGAAAAUUUUGAAUAUUAUGAACCCGUUUAUGAGGAAAAUGAUGAUGCACUUAUUGCUGAAUCAGGUAAUGUUAAUUAUAUUGUUGCUGAUACAAGUGGUAUUUAUACUGAAGAAGUUGCUAAUGAAGACAUUGCUAAUGUUCAAAUAACAAAUGAACGAUUGAUUGAAUUAGAUAAUGGCAGUUAUUUGCAAGAUGGUACACCAGUACAUUAUCUUCAACAACAAGAUGAGCAUGGACAAGUUGAACUUAUUCCAGUUAUUUUUGCUGUUGGUAAAGAAGGCGCUGAACCUGUUGCAAUACCAAUUAACCAAUCUCAAAUUAUUCAAUAAAUAUUUCACUAUUAAAUUAUUAUUAAUUAGUAAUUUUCUUUUUUUUUUUUUUUUGUUUCUUAGGCAUAUAAUUGUGUCGACUCUUUUUUUUUUUUUUCUUUUCGUUUUGCUUCAGUAUCUAUUUAAUAAAAAUAUACUUUUUCAAUUUAAUCAUAGUUAUUAUUUCGCUUAGCUAGAUGUACUGUAAAAAGAUAAAAUUAUGUUUAAAUAUAUAUAUAUAAAAAAAAACAAAAAUUAUUGACAAAUUUUCAUUAUUAUUUAAUUUUUUUUUUUUUAGUCAAUUUAGAUAUUUCAUAUCUGCCAUAAAAAUAAUUCGACAAAAAUGAAUUUUUUUUUAAAAAUGUAAUUUUAAUUUUAAAAUGACAUAAGGAUAAUAAAAUAUUUUCAAUACAAAUUUUAAAUAAUCUGAAUCUUUUAUUGAAUAUAUAAGUUGAAACAAUAUUCUUUUGGAUAAAUUAAUAUUGUAUUUGAAUUUUUUUAUAUAAUUUUAUUGUUUAAAAUUAAAUAUAAUUUAAAUUAAAUAAUUAACAUGUAUAAAUAUUUAUUUAUAAUAAAUAGUAAACAUUACAUUAACAAUGAUUGACAUAAAAAUACAUAAAACAAUAACUUUGACGUUUUUUUUUUAGAAAAAAAAAAAGUUUCAACAAAUUUGCACUUUGUUUUUAUAAAAUAUUUAAAAAUAAAUAAAUAAAAAAAAUUG